AUGGCUUCUCAAGUGGAUCAGCGCACGAUGAAAACGUCUACGGGAGCUCCGGCGGUGUGUGUUUAUACGGCUGGGGAAAUCCGUAGUGAAGGAAAGACACCACAGGCGUCGGCAGAUGAGAAUAAGAAGAAGAUCGAGGACUUGGAGCGGUCGAUUAAGUUUUGCAGAUAUAUUUGCGCGUCUCUCUUUGCGUAUUCCAUCAUACUCGACAUAUUCUUGUGCAAGGAAUUGGCAGCUCCACCAGGAAGUUCGUCUUUCGGGAAAGGCACAAGCGUUCAUUUGAGGCGCAGUGUGGGAGAUCACCCGGGCCACAAGCGUGGGAGUGCCGUUCUUGCUAAGACAGUGAGUCAUCUGUUGGCUCAGGAAUCCCGGUGUUCACGCCGACGGCAAAAUCCGGGAUUAUAUUAG